ACAAUCCAUGUACGUGUUUGUAGAAAAUGGGAAUUCCAUGGAAGCAAUGAAAAUGGUCCACUACAACACAUUGAUAUGGUUCUUGUCGACAACCAGGGAAAUACCAUGUACGCUGAGAUACCUGCAAAAGAAACAGACAAGCUAGGACCUAUGAUACAAGUGGACAGAACCUAUGUUAUAGCUCGCUUCAAAGUUUGCAAUGCAAAAAAAAAUUUCAAAUCUGUCCCAGGUCCCUAUAUGCUAGAAUUCACCUGCCAUACCAAAAUUAGUGCUGCAACCGAGCAAAUAACUGGGCCUAAGUAUAUCUACAACCUGACUCCUUUUGAAAAACUCCCAGAAUUCAUCAAUAACACCAAAAAAUUCCAUGAUAUCCUUGGCAUUAUAACAGAAAUCAAUGAACCAGAGUGGAUUCCCUUCUCUAAUCAGCCUAAUCCUUCCCUACGACGUGACAUCAGGUUGACAAAUGGAUGUGGCCAAGAGAUAAAAAUGGCAAUUUGGGGUUCAAAAGCAACACAAUUUAAUCUCCCUGAAGAUCCAAAUAUGGAAGACAGGCCAGCUAUAGUGCUAUUCACAGGAUGUCUAGUGAAAUACUAUCAAGAAAAUUUUUAUGUUAGUGGGUACUCUGCAUGCCAUUGGUAUAUCAAUCCUGACAUACUAGAAGCAGCAAGCCUACUAAACAGAACACAUGGACAAUAUUACAAGAUUAAAAGAUCCGGCAUUCCAAUUGCUGAACAAAGCCAACCAGAACCUCCACCUGUAGCUGAUUUUCUCACGCUACAGGAAAUGGAAGCUAUAGACCCGUACUAG